AUGGCGAUCGAUAAAUUGAUGAUGAUCUCGGGCGCGGGCACGCUGUCCUACGGCGUGCAGAUGAAAUUCAUGCCCAAAGUGGCGAGUAAGAUGUACUGGAAAGAGGGCGAACGAAACAACAUCGACACCGUGCAGAGCGGAUGGUUGGGCACCGUGCUCUUGGGCUCGGGCGCGCUGCAAGUCAUGUCCGCGCUGGACGGCGAGUGCACGAAGAACCAAAUGGGCGGCGCCGCGCUCGCGUGGGCGGUGACGCUUCCGGAAUACGUCGCGCAGCGCGACGACUUCAAGGGACCGAUGCUCUACGCGAACACGGCGAUGGCCACCGCGCUGACCGCGGUGCUCGUCAAGUCGUACUUGGAUAAGCGGGACAAGUGA